AUGAAGUUCGGACUGCCUUUCGAGCUCGGCAUGCUUGCCUCGAGCAUAUUCGCCUCCAACACCACCACAGUCUCUCCGUCAAUCUACAUCCUCGGCACGUCACCGCCCGCGACAAACGCCCUCAGCAAGGCGUUAGACACGCUGGGAUACAGCCGUCUAGACCCCGAGUCGGACGCGCUGCUAGACCACCAGACGCUGGCAAACACCUACGUCGAAGUAACGUCGAACAUGCAGCUCGCGGAGAUCGCCCGGACCCAGCCCAACGCCAAGUUCAUCUUGCCGCGAGGCGGCCGGCGGAUAGGCGAGGAGGACUACGCGCUCUCGGCCCGGGACUUCUUCGCCGCGGAGAAGCGCUCCCGCAAGUAUCUGGAGCUCGACGUGCUCGCGCCCAAGACCAGCUCGCAGGCCGACAACUGGGUCCAGCUCUGCGACUUCUUGGGCAUGGGAUACAGCGUGGUGGAGCGGUUGGACCUGUGGCACUUCCCUAAAUAA